AUGGCUGCUCAACUCCCAAAGAACAUGAAGGCCCUCAGGUACUCCAAGCCUGAGGAGUUUGGCAUUGUCAACAUCCCUCUUCCCGAGCUCAGAGAAAACGAUGUUAUGAUCAAAGUCAAGGCUUGCGGUGUCUGCGGCACUGACCUUCACAUCCACGAGGGUGAAUUUUUGGCCAAGUCGCUGCAGUUCCCUCUCGUUCCAGGACACGAGACCGUCGGUGUUGUUGCUGCCGUUGGUCCCAAGGUCAAGGGAUUCAACAUUGGCGACAGAGUUGUUGCCGAUAACUCCGAGCUUUGCGGAGAGUGCUUCUACUGCCGCCGCGGUGAGGAGCUCCUCUGUGAGCACUUCGAGGCUCACGGUGUCACCAUGAACGGUGGAUUCGCCGAAUACUGCGCCUACCCCGCCGGCCGUGUUUUCAAGAUCCAGAACCUCUCCGACGUUGAUGCCACCCUUCUCGAGCCCGCUUCCUGCGCUGCUCACGGUCUUGACAAGAUCAACCCCAAGAUGGGAUCCACCGUCCUCAUGUUCGGUGCCGGCCCAACUGGUCUCGUUCUCGCCCAAAUGCUCCGAUUGAACGGUGGAUGCAAGGUCGUCAUUGCCGCUCCUGAGGGAUUGAAGAUGAACCUUGCUAAGAGCCUUGACGCUGCUGACGAAUACGUCGAGCUCUCCCGCAAGGACCCCAGCGCUCAGUUCGAUGCUUUGAAAGCCGCCAACCCAUACGGUUUCGACAUUGUUGUUGAGGCCACUGGCAGUGUCAAGAUUCUCGAGGAUGCCAUCAACUACUGCCGUCGUGGUGGAAAGCUGAUCGUCUAUGGUGUUUAUGCCAGCAAGGACCGUGUCAGCUGGGCUCCAUCCAAGAUCUUCGGUGACGAAAUCACCAUCCUCGGAAGCUUCAGCGAAACCUACAAGUUCCCUGCUGCCAUUGACUACCUUGACUCCGGAAAGGUCAAGGUCAAGGGUAUCGUCAACAAGACCUUCAAGCUCGAACAGUGGGCUGAGUGCUUGGAAUCCAUGAAGAACAAGACCGCCAUCAAGGCUGCUAUCACCUUCGACUAA